UUUUUGCACAACAAUAACAAAGGAGCGCAGUUAGACCUCGAAGGGACAGAGAGACAGACGGAGACAUAAGAUCGCUUUUAAGGGUCCACAAAAUACUGUUUUCUUCAAAGAAGAAGUAUUAUAUAUAUAGAUAUAUUUAUAUCGUCUAACAUAUUCUACCUCAGCCUUCAAGCGAGCCGAGUUCGGUUUGGGUGUUUUUUUGUUCCCAUCUUCCUGUUUACACCAGUUCACUGCCGCAGGGCCUUAACUUUUUCACGUGUGGCGAAAGCUAUGACUGAGCUUUAAGUAUUCCUAAUAUGGGAAGGAGAAACUCAUGCAAUUCAGCACCUUUCCAGAGGCUUCUGUGAGCGGCUACAACAGCUGAUGACCAAAGAGCCCCAUCCUCAAGCGACAUUAGCAGGACUGAUCUGGCCCUCUCCUCCUCUCCCAGUUUCCUUGCCAUGUUCCAGAGGUUCACCAGUAUCCUGUUUGGAGAUGCCCUGGAGGAAGCCAGCGAAUUUCCUGCAGAUGUGGGCUUUAACAGAAAUGAAGAUGAUGAGGACUGGAUCUUCGUUGACUAUCUUGCUGAAACUUGCUCCAGGGCCUGCAAGGAUGAGCUGAUAGAAGUCUGCUCAGACACCAUAGAUGCUCCUGAGUGCCCUCUGCGCUGCUCCUCUUGCUCUUCUCUGGACUCAGCUGCGGACACGGAUCCUGAAGACAGAGACUUCUUGCGCCUGGAUGCAGAGGGUGGUCUGGAAGAAAGCUGGUUUAUCACACCGCCUCCCUGUUUCACGGCUGGAGGAAGGGGUCCAGUGCUUCUGGAGACCAGUCCUCUUGAGAACCUGCUCAUUGAACACCCCAGCAUGUCUGUCUAUGCUGUGCAUAGCUCACACCACCGCCAACUGAAGGAAAACUCCUGCGAACCCAGCAUCCUCAGGUCUGAAGUUCAACGCAGACCCAGUCACCCUACUGGCUGCUAUGCAGCCACUCUUACUGCCAAACGUGCCAGCUUCCUCGAGCAGGCCAGAAAUGGACACCUGGUUCAGAGGAUUCGAGACAACGUGCAGCGCCAGCAGCUGUCCCGCAACGCGCUCCGCCGCCUGAACCUGCUCCAUGAUGGGGGAGCCAGACAGGCCAAAGCCGCAACAGGUCAUGUCCACCAGCCUGGACAAAGGCAGUACAACUACUGAGACCAUUGCCACUGUGCUGCCCAAAUAAUACACUCUACUUUUCUCUGUCUCUCUCUCUCUUCCCAGCUCUAUUCUAGGAGUUAGUCUUUCUUACAUAGACACAAUGGGAUUCUUCAGACUCAAUAGCAUAGGUCACUUUACUUCAGCGCAGGUACCAAUCUGCUCGAGCGUAUGUCCAAAUCAGGCUUUGCAUAGCUCUGGUUCUCCUACCUGGAGCUGACAACAAAUUCUAACUGUGUCACAAGUUAAGAGUUCUAACAUAAUCGUUCACAUCUGUAUGCACUUCACAUACAGAGCCUUGUGUAUUGUGAAUGUAGGUUUAUGUCAUCAUUAUUAUCAUUAUUCUUAUUUGCAUGUAUUUCAGUGGACAUUCAGGAAUCGUAUCAUCCUGUGCCUACUUGCUUCAGAUGUAAUGUUUAUGGCCAUUUUUUUUGCAUCAACUGCAUUUUUGUUUCAGAGUGAAUCGAUCUGCAGAUCAAGGUUUCUGUUUGAGAAAAAUUCCUUUGGCUUCAGUACUUUAAGUCUAGCAUUACUUGUCACUAAAAGCCUUCAAUAGUAAAUUUCCAAAAUUGUAAGAUAUAUUUAAAAAAAAAAAAAAAGUAUGAAUAUUUUUAAAAAGAAAAAAAACACUUAUAGUGUGUGUGUGUGUGUGUGUGUGUGUGUGUGUGUGUGUGUGUGUGUAUAUAUAUAUAUAUAUAUAUAUAUAUAUAUAUAUAUAUAUAUAUAUAUAUAUAUAUAUAUAUACACCAGUAUGAAGUUGUAUGAGGUUGUUAUCUACAGUGUCGGGUAUGUACGUUUUUUAAGGUAGCUGGCAUUUUUGUAUGACAUUAUAGGGCAUAAAAACAGUUUGUUUUAUUGUUGGUUUUGCUUUGAUUCUGCCAUACAUGUCUCAGGGUCACAACGCAGUCACUUGUUCUCUACUAAAAUGCAGAUUACUUGACAAUUGUUAAUUGUAUUUGUACAUACUGAAGAAUUUCUUAAAUUUGCCAUUGUGUACAUUGCCUUGUUAAAAAUAUUUGUAAUUAAUCACUUUUAACUAAGCUGAAUGAGAGCGAAAGGCUUGUUUGUCCUAGGACUGUGAACACAAAAAUCUUUCUCUUGACUGUUAUAAUCUGCAAACAAUGAGUAAAACUGUUUUUUUUGUUUGUUUGUUUUGGGGUUUUUUUAAAUAAUUUUUAAAGUGUUUUUUCUUCACUGUAAUAGCCUUUUGCAUAGGUCUCAUGCCUCAUAUUUUAUCAAUUACAUAAAUGUUGUCUUUGCUGAGGUAAAUAUUUAAACCUGAUGUAGCAACAUAUAUAGUCUUUGGUAAUGUUAUAUUUGGUCGAAUUUGUUCUUUUUGUCUACAUGCGUGUUUAUUGGUCUGUCUGAAAUAACACAGAAGUAGUGUUGAGAUGUGUUAAAUGUCACGUUCAGAUGAACUAGACUGAUCCAUAUGAAGUGCAGGCUCAAUUCAUUGCAAUCACAGUCAGUGUUCAUAAAAAUAUAUUCACUGUACUUGGGUGAGCAAACUGAAUAGCACACCUAAAAUGCUCUGUCCCUGAACACAGGAAUAUGAUGUGUGCUGUUUCUUUAGCAUUAUGUCGGCAGUAGUGGGGAUUUUUAGUAAUGCGGCAGCUUUUGCAUGUUUUAUUUUCUGGAGGAGCAGCAUUUCAUUUUGUUUUCAGCUAUCUAACUUUUAAUGUUAAUAACAGGGAUUUUUAUUUUGCCUUGAAAUCUGUUAAGGAUCUCGUGCCUUCCAGGGUAUCUGUGUGACAAUGCAUUAGUGCAGAACUUGAACUCUGUCCAAAGGGACUUUUAACUCACUAUGCACAGGGGAUUGAAAUUGUCUCUGUGAGCCACUCACUCUGUCCUUGUUUUUCUCCAUUAAAAAAUGUAGCAAAGGUUCUCUCUGUGUGUGUUGAUAAAUAACAACGUGCCCUUUUUCUCUCAGUGUCCCAGUCAGACUUCUUUAAUUUUCAGUUUACUGGAAUAAACAGCACUUUGCCAAACGAGUAGUACCAUAUGUUUUAUUUUCCCUUUUCUUACAUUGUUGAUUCAUAUUUAAAAAUGUACACCAUCUUUUAUUUGUAACUAGCAUAAUAUACUGUUGUAAAGCCUCUUCUUGGUAUAAUUUAUGCUCCUAUAUUUUUCAAUAAAUACUCUGGUUUUUAAAUGGA